AUGAUUGCUAAACCCGCAGAAUUUAUUUUUUAUCCGGAUACACCUUGUCAAUUAAUUGAUUUUCUUGGUGGGAUUCAUUAUUCACCUGAACAAGAUAAUGGUGUUAUCUUUAAUCGAGUUGUAUCAUUCUUUCAAAAUAUUAUAACAAUUAUAGAGAAGGAUAAAAAAAUGGAACAUUUUAAAAUGACCAUUCAUCAAAAUUAUCAUGGAUUUUUUGUUAAAAUUGUUGAAAAUGAUACAGGACCUCCUAGCAAAGUUUUAAAUUGUAUGUCUUGUGAUUUAGAAUCCGAGACAAGUAAAACUUCAAAAUUAGAUUAUCCAUUAGCUACCAAAGAAAGAUUUCAUAAUCUUUGGAUAGAUGCUAAAGCCAGACCAAUGUUUGUUAUAACUCCUAUUCGUCAUGUAGAAAGAUUAUCGGAAUGUACUGAAGAAGAAAUAUUUUCAAUGUUUUUACUUUCAAUACAAACUCUUGAAGAAGAACAAAGAAUUUCGGGAAAAAAUGGAAUGAUUAAUUUUAUUAGUUUUAUUUCUAUGACUUUAAAUCAUGGCAAUUCACGAAAUCUUGCGCAUUUACACUUAAAAAUUAGAUUAAGGCGUAAUGAUUUUAAAUAUUAUAUGAAUAAUGGAUGGGAUAAAGCGAAGAAAGAAAAAUAUGCAAUUUUAGAAAGUCGAUUCAGACCCUCCAUUUUUUCACAUUUUUCCAUUUUCAUAAAAUUAUUUUCAAAUAAUCAUAAUUCUUUUUCAACCACCUCUAUCACAAAAAUGAAAUCCUAUGUACAAAUUUUUGGUAGUGGAACCGUUGACGUUCCUCCCGCGAUAUUAGUACAUUUCGAUAAUCAAAAACAUAGUCAAAGAUAUUUAUUUAAUUGUGGUGAAGGAACUCAAAGGUUUUGUUUGCAACAUAAAAUCAAGGCUUCAAAAAUUAAAAAAAUCUUUUUUACCAGAAUUAAUUGGGAAAGUUUUGGUGGAAUUCCAGGCAUGUUGCUUACAUUGGCCGAUGCUGGUGUAAAAGAUAUAAAAUUAUAUGUUGAAACUCAUGAAUUUCAAGAGGAUGGAACAGAAUUUAAGGAUGAAAAUUUAUUUAUUAAAACAAUUUUUCUUAAUCCGGAGAAUAUCACAUCUCCAGCUGCUCCCUCUUCUUCUUCUUCGGAUAGAGUUGAUAUUCCAGAAAAACGUGCUAGAGAAGAAGAAAAUGAAUAUGAUCCUACAUUAAAAUAUAAAAAAGAAAUUUUAUCAUUAAUGUUUAAUUUAAGUUCACGACCUGAUGAUCCAAAGUUAUUAAUAACAAAGAAAACAAAAACGCAAACACGUGAGGAAGAUACAGCAUUAGAUAUUCCUGAUGAAGAUAUUAAUGAAAAAAAGAGUGAUGAUAAGAAAUAUUUAGAUCAAAGACGUAGAGAAUUGUUUCCUAAAAGGUUACCUAAAUCAAUUCCUUCUUCAACUUCAAUUGCUUAUAUAUGUAAAGGACCAGAUUAUAAAGGAAAAUUUGAUCCAGAAGCAGCUAAAGCACUUGGAUUAUUACCAGGACGUCAUUAUUCUGAAUUGGUUAAAGGAAAUUCAGUAACAACAGCAGAUGGAACAAUUAUUCAUCCACAUCAAGUAAUUGGUCCAUCCAGAGCUGAUGUUCCAUCAACAUCAUAUAUAAAUUCAAUAUAUGAAUCAUCAGAAUUUGUUUUAUAUCAAUCUGGAAAUAAAGAUUUACAACCACGUGUUAUAGUUCAUAUGUUGGGAAAUGGUGUUUUGGAAGAUAACAGAUAUCAAGAAUGGAUGAAAAAGUUUGGACCAGAAACUGAGAGAAUAAUGUUUCAUAGUACAGCAACUAGUCAAUUUAAAUUAUCUAAGAUUGAUGAAAACCAAUUCCGUAUACCUUAUUAUUCAAACGAACCAUCAAAACAAUUAAAUUUAGUUCCGAAUAUUCCAAAAAACACAAAGUUUGCAAUUCCAUUAUUAAUUUAUCAAACAGAACCUUCGUUUAAAAUUGAUGAAUCAAAUUUACCUAAUAUCUUUAAUCAUAAUGAUCAUGAUUCUGAGAUUGUGAGUUCAUUAGAAAAAAUGGAUGAAUAUCUCAAUAUCGCAACUGAAGUUCGACAAGAAGUUGCAAAUAUUUCGAAUAUUUCAAAAGAUAUUCCUGGGAAAGAUAUUGUCGUCACAACUUUGGGAACCGGAUCUACUCUGCCUUCUAAAUAUAGAAAUGUAACAGCAACACUUCUUACCAUACCAAAUAAUGGAUGCAUUUUACUUGAUGUUGGUGAGGGUACAUAUUCUUCACUCACAAGACAUUUGGGAAAACAUGGAGAUAAAAUGGGAAUAGAGAAAUGUUUGUAUGAUUUGAAAUGUAUUUUUAUAUCACAUAUGCAUGCGGAUCAUCAUUUGGGUCUGACUCGUAUAUUAUCAAAAUGGAAUGAGCUUAAUUAUAAAAAUGACAAUGCAUUUAUUCAUCUUAUCGGACCUCCAAGGUUAUGGAAAUGGCUUGAUGAAUUAAGUGAUGUUCAAGAUUUCGGAAUUUCCAAAGUGAAAUUUAUAGAUUGUCGUUUAAAGAAUAUUGCAAGUGUGGAAGUAAUUCAUUGUCCAUCUUCAUUUGGAAUAAGUUUUGAACAUUUAGAUGGUUGGAAAAUUGUUUAUUCUGGUGAUACGCGUCCAUGUGAUAAUCUUGUUAAUGUUGGAGAAAAUGCGACACUUUUAAUUCAUGAAGCAACAUUUGAAAAUGAUUUGAUUGAGGAAGCAUUAAAUAAAAAACAUAGUACAGCAGAUGAAGCAGUACAAAUUGGUGUGCGUCAAAGGUAUCCUAAAGUACCUACUUUCCAAGAUGAUAAUGGUAGAAUUGCAGUUAGUUUUGAUUUAAUGCAGACAACUAUUGGUGAUUUGUAUAAAUCUUCAAAAUAUUUAAAAGCAAUUAAAGUGUUGUAUAGUGAAGAUAGUGAAGAAGCUAAAGAUUAUGAUGGAUCAUGGUUUUUAGUAUGGAAGUUUAUAUUAAGUCAAAUCAAUUUUGUUCGCGAACUCGCUGGUCUCCCAAAGAAUUCGACACAAUUACAUAAGAAGAGUCAAUCUAUAAAUUCAUCACCUAAUUCACCUACGCAACAUUAUCAUAUUCAACAACAUCUUCAACAACUAUGA